AUGACUAUAGAUUUGGAUGCUCAAGUGGAAUUUGGAGCAUUCCAAAAACUUGGAGAUCCAACCACAAAGAGACAGGCAGUCUAA